AAUUUGCAUAACUCGCUAGCCUGUGAAUAUGCAUAAAUCAAUCAUGCAUAAUUCUAGUGUAUAUAUCGAUUCACUCAUCGUUCCUCGUACUUGAAAUCACCAAAACACAUCACAAAAUGGAAAGUGCUUCAUCAGAUGGUACGGGAGGGAAGAAACAUGUGCGGCAAACUUCUUCGGGCAGAGGUGAGCUUUUUAUGUGUUUCAUUGGUUGUUGACGGGGGUUGGAAAGUAUUGGAGUCCUCUCCACCACAUGGGUCUUUUGGGGAGCAAGAGUCGUGGCAGUUUGUCAAUUCAGAUGGAAUGGCGUGAUUGUAUCUGGAAUAUUUGGGUGAUAAGAGGAAAUUGAGGCCUUUCGUUCUCUUGCGAAGUUCAUGCGAGUGCGCGACUUUAUUGAAUAUGGUAGAGGCUGCUUGGCACGUGGCUUCCCAUGGGGAUGCUAUGUUGAAGGUUGUCGGUGCCAGUUACUGGAUGCAAGUUCAGUACUCUAUUUAUCUUCACAAGACAUUGUUUGCAGGAUGAACUUAAGCAAGCAGCAUUUGACUAAUCGCCCAGCAGCUUUACCUAGACGGCCGACAAGAGGUCCGUUAGAUAUCAGCGAGUGCGUCCUACUUCCAUAUAUUAAAACGCGAGUGCUAAACUUCAAUAGUUCUCCUCUAAAUAGCCCUUUGUCGCCCACAAAUUACAUCAAUGCUACACAUACACGAACAUUCUCGCCCGGUGGUUCAACGCCAAGGAGCCGGACACCUAGGCUUCCAUCACCAGGUCCUGGCUCAAAUCUAUCAUCCCACACCUUUAUGACAGCUCCCACAUCACUUUCGCCAUCACAAAAUACAUCAUUUCAGUCAACGAUAUCAACACUUCAGAAAGAUUUCUCCUAUCUCCUUCGCCCAGAAAUUUAUCAUCCUCUACCCGUGCUCGAAAUUCCGCCACCCUUUCGUUCCUCCCCAGUUUCGUCCCUCCCACCUAACCCUGAUAUCAAUACUCUUUCAUCACUCCUAGCGGCGGGGUAUUUCAGAGCUGCGGCUAUUCUUAGUGCCACACUUUUGACAUCCACUCCUGGUCCCGCAUCACAUGAUGAAAUUUUUAAUCUCUUCUACAUCCGUCUUGCAUGUCUCACACUCUGCAACCAGACACAACUCGCGGCUCAGGAAGUCAAAGCUCUUGAAGAUCUUAACGCUGCCUAUUAUCAGGACGAUGAAACUGGCGCACAUAUAGUAGGAUGGGAACUGAGAGUUUUAGCAGUUAGAUUGCAGGGUAUGGGGUUAGGGGAUGCUAGGAGAUGUGUUAUGGGAUAUUAUGAUUUGGCUAGAGAUGCUAGAAGUACGAUGACGAAAUUGAAGAAGCGAAAAGCAGCUAGUGAGGAUUUAGAUAGGGAGAUUAUAUUAUGGGAAGGCAGGUUAGCAGAUUUAGGGAUUAGGGUUGCAAGUGCGCUCAUUGAGAUGGAAGAUUUGGUUGGGGCGGGAAUUCAUUUGAAGACUUUGAAGGUUAAUGAAGAGGGAGAUGAGGAAUUGAGGGCUAAGAAAGCAUUACUGUGGCUGUGUUUGGGUGACAUUGAUGCUGCAAGAGAGUGCUUAAAGAAAGGAAAUGGAAAGGAAUUUAUAGCGAGUAAGAUAGAUGGAACGAUACGAGCUUUAGCAUUUGUUGCCGAAGGAAGAUAUGAGGAGGCUGUUGUGAUUUGGGAAGAGCUCAUUGCGAGCGAGGACACCACAGCUGGAAAAGGAGAAAAGGCCAUGUGGAGACAAAACCUAGGCGUUACAUUGUUGUACUUAGGUCGUGGUGAUGAGGUAUGUAUCAUCUUGCUCCCCAUAUCUGUUUCCUGCUUUCUUCCCAUUCUCCCAAUAUCAACCCUGCUACAUAUCAUACUGACAAUCCAACCAACAGGCAAAAACCAUUCUUGAAUCACUGAUUGUGGAAGAUAAUUCAUUCCAUGCUUUGACUUUCAAUCUAAGUACCAUUUAUGAAUUAUGUACGGAGAGAUCGAGAACGUUGAAAAUCGCGUUGGCGGAGAAGGUGGCGGCGAUGGUGGAUAUUGGUCAGAAUGAGGGGGUGGUGAGGGGAUGGGAGAAGGUUAAUGGGGAUUUUAAAUUGUGAUUUUUGGUUUUGCUUGUGGUUUAUUGGCUGUGUGGUGGGAAGAGGUUAGAGAAGUUCAUAGAUAUUACAAGUAGUGAUUUGUAUCUAUUUGUUACGUGUCACGCCAGCGAGGUACAGCGAAACCGGUGAAAAGAUACUCACC